AUGAACAAUUCAAGUCGCUUGCAAAAACCAGAGGCAGCUACCUCAAGUUCAUCGAAUAUCAAGAGAAAAAAAAGUGCUUUGGAAGAAGACCUUACGCAAUGUGGAAUCGUACUUUUCCGUGCAGUUUGUAGAAACUAAGGAUCAACGCGGAAAUUGCCUGGAAAGUUCGCUUAAUGAAUAUUCCUAACGGAGUGCUUAUUAAUUUAAUGUAUUCCGCCGCCCUUCUGCGUCGUAUAUAAUCAACGCGGAACCUCGAACUUCGAUCGGGCGCUUGGCAAUUUCGCCAACGAGCGGUUUCGCCUUUGGAUGGAAGCGGCCUCUUCCCGUCUCAAGAUCGAUCACAACCAUCAUCAUUUAUCGAACUCGGCGUUUGAUCGUCUCGUUGAUUCGUCAUGGACGGCACGAUACCGAAGAAGAAGGAGCGCGCGAGUGCAUUGUCGAAGCUGAUCACUCUGUUCUGCGGCGCGAAAUCGCCGCCCAAGAAACAGGGGAAAACAGAGGCCGAGCAGUCGCCGCCGCCGCUGCCGCCUUCUUCUACGAUUAUUCCCAGCGUCUCCAAGUCGUCGUCGUCGUUGCACCACGUUUUCUGCUACUUCGACGAGAACGGCGACGGGAAGAUCUCGGCGACGGAGCUGCAGAGCUGCAUGCGGUCGAUAGGGGAGGAGCUGUCGCACGAGGAUGCGUUGUCGGUGGUGGAGUCGAGCGACAGCGACGGCGACGGCUUGCUGGGGUUCGACGACUUUGUGAGGCUGGUGGAAGGGGACGAGAGCGAGGAGAAGGAGAAGAAUCUGAGGGAGGCGUUCAAGGUGUACCAGGAGGCCGGCGACGGGUGCAUCACGCCGAGGAGCCUGCGCCGGGCGCUUGGGAAGCUCGGGGAGACCAAGAGCGUGGAGGAGUGCACGGUUAUGAUCCGGCAGUACGAUAUCAACCGCGAUGGCGUCAUCACGUUCGAUGAGUUCCGGAUAAUGAUGUUCUAGGCACCUUCAUUUUCCCCUGUCCCUGUCUUGUUCAUGUCGAUUUGUCUGAGGAUCGUGUUCGACUUCGUCUUGAUA